CGCACCACCUCCCGGCCCCAGGCUCCCUGCGGCUCGGCGCGGACUCUCGGCCCCGGCGCGCCGGCUGCAAACUCGCGGGCGCGCACGGCGCUCGGGGGGCCCAGGGGCUCGGGGGAGGGGACGCGCGCACGGAAGGCGCCAGCUUCCUCUCGCCCGCCCCUGGCAGCCGCCCGCCGAGGGUGGAGGCACCGGGGCCCCGGCCGGGUAGAGUCGAGCGGCGGCGGCGGCUUCCCCUUUUCUCUCCCAGCUCAGCACGGGAGCGGCUCGGGGACCUGUCCCGCAAAGCGCAGGAAACCUUGUUUACCGCCCAGGAAGAGGCGCCGAGCGAGCCUUUGUCUGGCCGGGGAGCAGCAUCUCGGCUCCCGGUGACAUUAGCACGGGGCGCGCCGACCGGGCUGGGCUCUUCUGCCUCCUCAGGCGAACUGAGCGGUUGACUUCUGUGCAUUUCCUUCCAAUUUUUUUUUUGGAAAGCUCUGCCUUCCUCGCUUGCCCGUUGCCGGGCAUGUCCUGAAUCGGCGACCGCUGCGACCGCCCCGGGGGCUGCCGCCGAGCCAAGCCGUCUCCAGCGGGAGGUCCACCUUCCUCUCUCUCGCUCCCUGACUUUGCAACACCGCGUUCUGGGAGAACCACCUCACCGAGGAAGGAGGCGGGGAGCCGCGAGCGCUGGGACCCAAAACCCUGACAUGCUCUGGGGCUCGGAGGAGGAAGCCCGGAGCUGAGCGCGCACCGCCGCGGCUGCCUCGCCCGUCUGCGCCCAGCGCCCUGCCCUGUGCCGAGGCGGCAGUCUCGCUGGUCCGGGGGCGCCCCCAGCCCCAAAACACCCUAGUUCACACCCCAGGGUCCGCGGCCGGCAGGACCAUGCUUCUGAAGGAGUACCGGAUCUGCAUGCCGCUCACCGUGGAUGAGUACAAAAUUGGACAGCUGUACAUGAUCAGCAAGCACAGCCACGAGCAGAGUGACCGUGGCGAAGGGGUGGAGGUCGUCCAGAAUGAGCCCUUCGAGGAUCCGCACCACGGCAACGGCCAGUUCACAGAGAAGCGCGUAUACCUCAACAGCAAAUUGCCAAGUUGGGCCCGAGCUGUUGUUCCCAAGAUAUUCUAUGUCACCGAGAAGGCUUGGAACUAUUAUCCCUAUACUAUCACAGAAUACACAUGUUCCUUCCUGCCGAAAUUCUCCAUUCAUAUAGAAACCAAGUACGAGGACAACAAAGGAAGCAACGACAGCAUUUUUGACAAUGAAGCCAAAGACCUGGAGAGAGAAGUUUGCUUUAUUGAUAUUGCCUGUGAUGAAAUUCCAGAACGUUACUACAAGGAAUCUGAGGAUCCUAAACACUUCAAGUCCGAGAAGACGGGCCGGGGACAGCUAAGGGAAGGCUGGAGGGAUCACCAUCAGCCCAUCAUGUGCUCCUACAAGCUGGUGACUGUCAAGUUUGAGGUCUGGGGACUCCAGACCAGAGUGGAACAGUUCGUUCAUAAGGUGGUCCGAGACAUCCUGCUGAUUGGACAUAGACAGGCUUUUGCAUGGGUUGAUGAGUGGUAUGACAUGACAAUGGAUGAAGUCCGAGAGUUCGAGAGAGCCACUCAGGAAGCUACCAACAGGAAAAUCGGCGUUUUCCCCCCUGCCAUUUCUAUCUCCAGCAUUCCCCUGCUGCCUUCCUCCGUCCGCAGCGCUCCAUCCAGUGCCCCGUCCACCCCUCUCUCCACAGAUGCGCCCGAGUUUCUAUCGGUUCCCAAAGAUCGGCCCCGGAAAAAGUCAGCCCCAGAAACUCUGACACUUCCAGACCCUGAGAAAAAAGCCACGCUGACUCUGCCUGGUGCACACUCCUCAGUGAAGCCAUGUCGACCCAAAUCGGAUUAACUGCGUCUGAAUAGCUCAUGGGGUUUGAUCGUUUCAUUUUGGGGUUUGUUUGUUUUAAAGAAUCUUCUGAUAUGGGAAGAGACUGGUUUGUCACUUAAACAUGUUCCUUUGAUCUCUAACUGUGCAUGUGGUUAAGUAAUUCCGGGUAAUACAGUUCCCUAACUGGGCCACACAGCAUCACAGUGGAGGGGAAGAUUCAAGAAUGACAGAGGUUGGAAGGAAUUUUUUUUUCUGGAGCCGCAGAUAGAUCUAAGCCAGGGAAGAAGCCCUCCUUUUGGGCACUUGAGGAGAUGGGCAUGGACUUGGAGGGUGAAGAAAUAAAAACUUUGCAACGCUUUGUUUCCAAGAUGUGGUCCAAUAGUGAAGUUGGUUUCUUCCUGUCCAACCCGAAAUUCUCGAAAAAUAUUCUCAGGCGUCAGAUAACUGUUAAAUUUUGAACUGCUGGUCACCAAUACUUGAAUACCAAUAGUAUUGAAAUUCCUAUUUUGAUCAGUCUGACUCAGGAUUUGGGGCCUAAUUCACUCUUAAAAUUUUUGAAAAUUUUAAUUAUUGACCUUCUAGAGGCUCCAAGUGCAAUUAACGAUAACAUUUAUACCUUUCACACAGAGUUUACUAAAGAUUUCUCUUGUGGAUGUCUUUUAAUAACUUUUCCCUCUUGCGCCCUUGGGGCCUCAGAAAUCUUUUCCAACCGCCUGGGUGAUUUAUUUUGGACCGAUUUCAUUUAGGAUCCUAGAGGCUCCAGAGAGACAGUCAUCUUGUUUCUCUACAGAGGUACCCACAAACAUUGACUUGUCACCUUCUCCUCAUCCUUUCAAAGUGUCAGAAUCUGCAGUUUUGCUAACUAGGAUUCAUUGAGCGUUUGCCCAUCCAAACAAGUUCAACAGUAGAGUAGGCUACCCAGGCUCUAACGUCGUCAACAUGUCUGGUGUGUGUCUCAUAAACCAAAUUUGUCUCCCACCCAUCCUGGUGUAACAACUCUUGACACUCCAGACCUCCCUGGAAUGGACUGCCCACCACCAGACCUUAGAAAAAGACUGUCAAUCUCUUGUUCCUCCUGUGAAAUCCAAAUAUUGAGAAUGUUGCAGAAAUGGGGAAAUGCCAUCAAGUGGGAGGUGAGAAUGAGCAGAAUUGCUGACAGUGGGAUGGAUGCCUCCCUGACUGGCCUUAUUAUUAUUAUUAUUAUUAUUAUUAUUAUUAUUAUUAUUUUCUUUCUGCAAAUACUGCUAGUGCAAGAUUAGGCUCAAGGUUGACAGGAGGCAAGCUCAUUCAUCCAAGUGGCGGGAGGAUUUUUCCAUCUAAAGAAAGAAGCCUUUGCAUCUCACUGCCUUUCAACACAGAGAGGGGCGGGCGAACAGGAUCUCCACGCUGACUUUCGUCCUCCAGGAGAAGGGGAGAAGCAGGGAAGUGGGCACCUUUGAGGCCCGAGUCCUAGCCAGCUUUCCUGACCAGAACCUCCAACCUCGGGAAAGGGACUUUCCCCAAACGGACUCCCAAGGCAACACAAGGAGACUGAGGAAGCUGUUCUUUACUCACAGCCCAUCGGCCAGAGGACCUUGCCUGCCCCCCUGGUCAGUGCUCAGCCUGUCAAGUCACGUCUUACACUUCCCCCACACCCCCUCCUCACCAUCCCCAUCAGGCAAGACGCUGGUCCUGGGAGCCAAAGCACCAAAGUAUUCUAAGCCACAAGUCAGACUGUCCAGAUCAUUUCUUUACCUGUAGGGUUGACAAUGAAAAAAAAUCAAAAUGGACCCCGAACUCGGAGGAAAGUGGUUGCAAAUAACUUAGGAGAGCAAUGCAUUUCCUCGUUAGGCGCCAUGUAUCAUAGUGAGGCACCUACUUUGCAUGGAAUGGAAGCAUGACUCUUUUUUUGCCUGUGGGAAAAUAAUCUUCUAUCAACCCCCUUGGACUACAUGGUCCCUCUUGCACAUGGUAGUACUUAAUAAGAACGUUUGGCUUUAAAAGCAAAAUUCUGUUCUUGGGAGACCCCGAGAUGGUGAAUUUCUUUGCUUACCAUUUGCAAGCUGAAGUCAGGGAGGGAGUGGACUCAUUGUUUUCACAGAGAAUGAAUUUGUUGGGUGCAGUUUGUGGACACAUCUGGCACCUAGUUUUCCCAUGAAUCCUGUUGCUAUUUUCUGCUGUCUAGGUCAACAUAUAGGUGGAAAUUCUAUGUGCUUUUAGAAGAUUCAAGUUCUGAUUUACUUUGCUGUGUGCUCUGUUCUGUAGCUGGUUUAAUACCACAGACAUCCAUUUCAAAGCUACCCAUGAUGGUGUGUCUCUUAGCCAACAGAUGUAUGUUCACUUUCUCUGUCUACGUGUGGUUUGUGUACAUUAAAUAAUGGAGGGGGGCAGGUACACAGGUAACUUGUUUAGCUGCUUUGGCUACUUAACCCAGUCAUCACAAGGCAUCAAUUCAAUAUUUUCUAAAUCUUGGUUUUCAAGCUUCACUUCCUCCAUCCAUGAACUUAUGAUUAUGGGAUAGAAAACUGUAAUGAAUGUGUAUAUAGGACAUUAAUAUUUAUAUGGAUGGAAAUUAAAAAGCUGCAUGAUGGUAAUUUAGAAGAAAAAAGCAGAAACUUGAAUUUGCUAAGCAUGUUUGGGGGGAAAAUAGAAUCCUCAAUUCAGUGCCUCUGCAAUGUGGAUACCUUCAACUUUGCUCACCAAAAUUGUAUAUCUGUGUGUGUGUAUAUAUAUAUAUAUAUACAUAUAUAAAUAUAGUAUAGUGGUCUGACACCACCAGUUUUAAGUCUCUGGUAGCCAAAUGAAAGUAUCAUUAUGACAUGCAUAUUCACCCACGCUUCAUCUCUGAUAAUAGUGGAGACAGUAAAAACGAACGUAAACUUCAUUGCUUUUGGAUGGACUUCCGGUAUGAGCUUCCCUCUGUUUUCCCUGGUUCAGGAGGUCUGUGUUUUUAUUGCAUAAACUCUGUGAGAAAU